AUGUUGCAAGUUACUGUGGUACACAGACAGCAGUGGGUCCUUUCAGUGUCCUCGUCGUCGGACUAUGUGACCACCUCGACCUCUCCCGAGCGGCAAUAUACACAACAGCAGCAUCCCAGCCCCAAUAUUUCCAGGCCAGUGAGGCAAAGUGUAUCUUUCUUGCAUUUGAGAGGCAAGAUCGAAAAGAGUUUAAUAGCUUUGGCUAUUUUUUGUAGCUGCACUUCUACGUUAGCCGGCUUUUUGGGUGGCUAUGGUGGUGGUGGCGGUGGUCAUGGUGGAGGAGGAGGUGGUGAAUAUUAUGGCGGAGGUGGUGGCGGUCAUGGAGGUGGUGGCUAUGGGGGUGGCGGUCAUGGAGGUGGUGGCUAUGGUGGUGGUGGCUACGGCGGUGGUGGUGGCUAUGGCGGUGGUGGAGGAGGUUAUGCGGUAGUGGCUGCUCCUGUUUAUAAAGUUGCUGCAGUUCCUAUUGUCAAAGUUGCCUACGCUGCGUAUGGAGGUGGUGGUGGCGGUGGUGGUGGAGGUGGUCAUGGUGGUUAUUCUGGCGGCGGUGGUUAUGGAGGUCAUGGUGGAGGCGGUGGAGGUGGUUACGGAGGUCAUGGUGGAGGCGGUGGAGGUGGUUAUGGAGGUGGCCAUGGUGGUGGUUAUUCCGGUGGUGGUUAUGCUGGCGGCGGCGGACAUGGCGGCUCGUAA